AUGUCAGCCCUUCGCGGUGCUCCAGCGGGGGUCUUAGAGCUUCAGCGCAGCAGUUCAUACCAAGUCCCCGAGCACCCGAAACACCGAUUUGAGGAAGUGGAGGAGGCACUAGAGAUCGAUGACAAUGAACAGUCCCGGAGGCAGAAGAAUUACGAUGAAGAGGUGGACGAGUCAGUCCGGGAAGAUAUGAGCAAGCUUGAAGACACAUUUCCAGGCAUUAUCCACAGAUUUCGCUUGGUGAAUCGGAUUGGUGAAGGGACGUUUUCAACCGUGUAUAAAGCAGAGGAUUUGCUAUACGACCAUUAUCACAACGAUUGGGAUGUCUUCGCGCAAGCACAACAACAAGAGUCAUGGCCAAGUCCGUCUUCUAAAAAGCGGCGAAUUGAUGGAGAACCAGGGCAGCGCAAACAGCCCCGAUAUGUUGCGUUGAAGAAGAUCUAUGUCACGAGCAGUCCAAUUCGGAUCCAGAACGAACUAGAACUGCUCCACGAUCUACGGGGCUGCAAAUCAGUCUGCCCGCUGAUUACGGCAUUUCGGUAUCAAGAUCAGGUUGUUGCAGUCUUGCCCUACUUCCCACAUUCCGACUUUCGCAUUCAAUACCGCACCUUCAUGGUGGCAGACAUGCGCCAUUACCUUCGAUCACUCCUGACUGCGUUGCAAUCCGUCCAUGAACAUGAUAUUUUGCACAGGGAUAUCAAGCCAACGAAUUUUCUCUACAACCCUGAACUGAAAGAGGGCGUGCUGGUCGACUUUGGUCUUGCAGAGCGCGAAGGUUCCGAGUACACCAGUCAGUGUCUUUGUGCCCAUCAGACCUAUGUUCGGCGCAGCAGAAUUCUUUCUAGCUACUAUUCUAAAAACCCACCAACCUCAGGGUUAUCGAAUGGGUACCCUAAAAACGACUCUCGCUCUUCACGACGAGCAAAUCGGGCCGGAACUCGAGGCUUCCGUGCACCUGAAGUCCUGUUCAAGUGUACGUCACAGACCACAAAGAUUGACAUGUGGUCAGUAGGUGUCAUCCUCCUGACCCUACUCGGACGUCGAUUCCCUUUCUUCAACUCGGCGGAUGAUAUCGACGCCAUGAUCGAGAUGUCAAGUAUCUUUGGUACCCGGCGCAUGAAAACCGCAGCGGCUAUGCAUGGGCAAAUCUUUGAAACCAAUAUCCCUACCAUUGGAGAGAAAGGCUACAGUUGGGAAAAGCUUGUGAAAUGGUCCAGUUGUGUUGAAGAUUUGACCGAGAGUGAACAACAAGCGACGCGUCUCCUGGCUGGACUUAUGGAACUGGACCCUAGCAAACGCUUCAGUGCUGAGGAGGCUUUGCAGCAUGAGUUCUUUACUCAGCCUGUUCAUCAUGACGUUGAAUGGGGAGGUCAUCCGGAAGAGAGUGGUGAGUCCGGCGAGGAAGAGGAAGAUGGUGACGAUGAGGCGGAUGAGGUGGCCAUGCUAUGA